GCGACGGCGACGGCUGGGGAGAGUAAGACAAGGAAGCGUCUGCUGCGGGAGCCAAUGCAGCCCUUUGGCUCUCCGGGAGGAGCGUCCCUGCCCGGAUGAGUGUCCGCCGUGUGUCCCUGACUGUCCCCCGGCGGGAGCGCGGCUCGGAAGAUCCUGACUGCUUUGCCUGGGCCGGUAGGAUGUGGUGAAAGGAUGGGGCUUCUCCCUCCGGAGAUUCACAAUGGCCAGAGAAGAUUCCGUCAAGUGUUUGCGCUGCUUGCUCUACGCCCUCAAUCUGCUCUUUUGGUUAAUGUCCAUCAGUGUCUUGGCCGUUUCUGCUUGGAUGAGGGACUACCUGAAUAAUGUUUUGACUUUAACUGCAGAAACAAGGGUAGAAGAGGCAGUCAUAUUGACUUACUUCCCCGUCGUUCACCCGGUCAUGAUUGCUGUUUGCUGUUUCCUUAUCAUCGUGGGAAUGUUAGGAUAUUGUGGGACAGUGAAAAGGAAUCUGUUGCUUCUUGCAUGGUACUUUGGAACUUUACUCGUCAUCUUCUGUGUAGAACUGGCUUGUGGUGUGUGGACAUAUGAGCAGGAGGUUAUGGUGCCAGUACAGUGGUCAGAUAUGGUUACUUUGAAAGCCAGAAUGACAAAUUAUGGUUUACCCAGGUAUAGAUGGCUUACACAUGCUUGGAAUUUUUUUCAGAGAGAGUUUAAGUGCUGUGGUGUGGUAUACUUCACUGACUGGCUGGAAAUGACAGAGAUGGACUGGCCUCCAGAUUCCUGUUGUGUUAGGGAAUUCCCGGGAUGCUCCAAGCAGGCCCACCAGGAGGACCUCAGUGACCUUUACCAAGAGGGUUGUGGGAAGAAAAUGUAUUCCUUUUUGAGAGGAACCAAACAAUUGCAAGUGCUAAGGUUUCUGGGGAUCUCCAUUGGUGUGACACAAAUCCUGGCCAUGAUUCUCACCAUUACUCUGCUCUGGGCUCUAUAUUAUGAUAGAAGGGAGCCUGGGGCAGACCAGAUGCUCUCUCUGAAGAAUGAUACUUCUCAGCACCUGUCAUGUCACUCUGUGGAACUGUUCAAACCAAGCCUUUCCAGGAUUUUUGAGCAUACAUCAAUGGCAAACAGUUUCAAUACACACUUUGAGAUGGAGGAAUUAUGAAAAAUGUCAAAGAA